AUGAAUUCAGUCGUCUUCUUACAAGGAUUAUUUCUAUUCAUCAUCUUAUCAUUUAAAUACGCAGAUACAGUACCUGGAGAUAUAAAGGAUCCAAUAGAAUUGGAUCUUUCCGAUGAGCUUCCGGACAAAGUUAAGAUUAUUCCGUCCGUAAAGUUUUCUGGAGGCUCAAACUAUUUAGUCAUGAAAAAACACAGAUCCACUCACACUAUCGGAGCUGUAGUUGAUAAAGAGAAUCUGCUGGUCAACUCAUCUGAAGAAAACAUGGGAAGAUACGUUCUGGUUGUACCAAUUGGAGACGGAUCAAGAUACGUAAGAGUUGUGACUAGAAGUAGAACCGGCAGUAACUAUUUUACUGCUGUUGACGAAUUCAUAAAGGGGCCCAGUAAUUUCGGUUACUCUAGAGUAUCUAGAAUUUCUCUGGAUUUAGACAUUCUUACCCAGCAGAGUAGCAAUUUAAUAAGUAUAGACGUCUUUCCAGACCCAUAUAGCCCUCAGUCUGUCACUGCAAAGUUUACUGUGAACAAGGAGAUGAUGCACCAAGCGGUUAUUGGAAGAGUAAAGUACGGAAAAUACGUCGUGAACGAUGGAGUAGAGGGACUGAUAGAAAGAAGCGUUACAUGGGAAGGAGGACCGGAUGAUCCCAGAAUAACGAUUUUGUCUCUCUACAAAGACGGCAUGUACUACGAAAUUAGGUAUGUAUUUGAAACGGAACCGGAUGAAGGAUUCCACAAUUAUAGCGAUAAAAUAAGGUUGAUACACUCGUAUGAAUGA